GACACCAGUAGGAACUUGUCCAAAGUGGACCGAAUGCUGGGUCAGUACAGGGAGCAUGCAGACGACCAGGCUGAAGCCAUGGCAGUGCUUAAGGAGAACUUAGAGGAGUCAAUCAGUCAGRUGCAGACCCAGAGGCUGAGCAAAACCAACGGGGUUCACAGCGCCUCCGCUUCUACCUUACACACCAGCGACCUGGAAGCCUGCUCAGGAUCAGAGGGCCAGCACUUCUAUCCUACAUCUCCACUCAAGGAUUACCCAGGCUCCCCGAGGAGGAGGAGGAGGAGGUCUCAGUCUGCCAACGUUCACUUCAAGGACCACAGCCAGACAGAUGAGGAUAUUCACACGCUGCACCAAACCCUGCGGGAUCUGCGCUGCGACCAGCAGAGGCUCUCGGAUGACCUGGAUAGAGAAAUCCACAGGAGAAAUAGGUUGGAUAUCGACACCAGGCGGGCGAUGGAGAACCUCACAGAGCACAUGACAGUCUCCCAAAGACAGGACGCUGUGUCGUCUCAUGUGGAGAGGCGUCUGCAGGAGCUGGAGAAAGAAAGAAGGCCGGAGCAGCGGGUGGCCGUGGCUGACGAGCUGCAGGAGAAUUUUGAGAGACGCCAGGUUCAUCCUCAGGAGAGAGAAGAGGCCAUGACAGCCAGGCUACGRAAAGCCGAGAGGGACAAAUCCAAGGCUGAGCAGGAGCUAGAAAGGGCCAGGAGAUUACUGGAGCAGUCYGAGGACAGCAGGGAGUCCCUCAAUCAGCAGGUGGAAGAUAUGCGCAGUGAGCUGCUGCGGACGAGGAGCGAGAAGACGGAGCUUCAGAGGGCACAAAUGGAGACUCCCCGUCACGGCUCUCAGCUGCACAGCGAGCGAGAAGGUGGACGAGGUCGACCGCAGGGGUCAGACCUGGAAAAAGAAGUGGCUGAGCUGCGGGCCCAGUUGUCCAGGGCCUCAGUUCUCAGUGAGGUUGAAGAACUGAAGAGGGCCCUUGAGCGUAAAGAAAAAGAGAGGCUUCAACUGAGCUUACAGCUGAAGGACCUGUCUUCAGACAUGGUUGGACGGGAGCAGCAACAGCUGCGAAUGCUGGACCAGCUGAGAGAAUUACAGAGUCGAGGGCAGGCAGACAGGAAGGAGAUGGAGGCGUUACUCCAGGAGAGCAUGAAGAGUAAAAAUGAACUGAAGAGCAGGGCCCAAGAAGCUGUGAACCAGUGGAGGGCAAAAUGCCGGAGACUGCAAAAGGAGCUAGAGGAGGCGAGGGACCAGGCUGAGCUUCACAACAACAAGGCCCUGCAGGUAGCCAGGGAGAAGGAGAGCUUACAGCUCCAGCUGAAGGCGCUGAGCCAGCAGACUGAGGCGGCCCACAGGGAGCUCACUGAAAUCCUAGGCCGUUUGGCCCAGCACAAAGAAGAGCUCCACCGCAAGGACGUGGAGCUGCUGGAGGCUCAGCAGCYUCAGUUGUCACUGCAGCAGGAAGUCCAGGAGGUGAGGGAGACCUCAGCCACUCUGGAGCAGGAGACUCAGCGUCAGGCCGCCYUCCAAGCAAGACUAAGAGAAGAGAACCAGAGGUUAAAAGAACAAGUCGACGCCCAGACCCAUCGCUGRCAGAGAGAUCAGGACACACAGGCCGAGCUCCAGGCCACCCUUAAGCAGAUGACCGCAGCACAUGCUCAGCUAACUCAGCGGCUGGCUGAAGAGGAGAGUGCCAAGAAGGAGCUGCAGAAGGGCACCUCAGAGCUUAGAGCCAAGCUGACUGUGCUGCAGGAGGAGUGGUCCGCACUCAGCCAGCAACUGACGCUUGAGCGAGAGGUGCACCAGAAGGAACUGAAAAACAUGAAGGACACAAACGAAGACAGCCGGGUGAAGAAGGAUCGKGAAGUGCAGGAAAUUAUCAAAGUUUGCCGUCUGGAGCGAGAUGAAAUAAAAGCGCAACUGAUAGAUGUUAAGGCUGAUGCAGCAUCAGACAAGGAGCUGUGUGCGGCGCUGCACAUCAAAUUGGACAGGAUGAAGGAUGAGUGUGAUAAGCUGGCGGCACAGCUGUACACCAAAGAAGAGGCACAUUCACUUCUGCACAGAAAAUACCAGCAACUUAAACAGGAACUGGAAGACAAAACCCGGUCGAGUGAGCUGAGAUGGACGUCUGAGUCUGAAGUUGUGAGGCUCGAGCAGAAGGUGUUGCAGCUGGAAGCAGAGCAAGAAACUGUUCUUUCUUCUUUGGGCGAAGAACUGGACACAGCCUGCCGCAGCCUGGCUAGGAACGGAGAAGACAAACUACAGGCCAUCUCCCAGAGACCUGGAUUAGUGAGAGAUCCACACCGCUGGCUCGCUGAGACAAAGASCAAGCUGCGCUGGCUGUGUGAGGAGGUGCGGGAGCGCGACACAAAGGAGCAGCGCCUGAGGAAGCAGCACCAGCAGACCAGGGAUCAGCUGAAGGCUCUCAGGCGGAGCCGAGACUCCGAACAGGCGGCUCUCCUGCAGCGCUUGGACCAGCAAGAGAGCCUGCUGCACUCCCUCAGCGCUGAGAAGAAAGAGCUGUUGGAAAGGAGUCGCAGGAAGGAGGAGGAAAUGAGAAGCCUUCAGGAUUGUGUGUCGGAUCUGGAAAUGAACACAAGAGCAGCUCUGGGUCACUUGGAAUCAAUUGCAGAGAAAAACUGUCUGRUGGAUGACUUCAAAGAUUUGGAGGAAUCCCAACAGCAGAAGGAGAUUGURGAGCAGCGCUACAUUAAAUACAAAGAGAUCGUCCAGAACCUGCAGCACCAGCUGGAUGAGUCCAAACACAGAAUCCAAGAGUACAGAGAUGUGAAGUUAGAUGCCACCUCCAGGAGCUUCAGACUGGCUGCUCUUUCUUCCUCCAUCAAAGGCUCCAACUCGUUCCUCAGCAGUACGAUGAAGUCUGACCUGACAUCUUCUCACAAACAUCUGACCAGUUCAGACUUGGAAGACUCCAAAUACGAGGCCUGACUCUUUACAKACGAGUUCAACUUUUAACAAACAGAGCAUCUCUUCCCGACAUAAACUCAACUGUAAUUCAAGCUUUUUUUUUAAACCCAACUCUUCGAUUAUCUCAAGAGAACAGGUCGCGAUGGUGCAAAAGAGCAGAGCUAACAGAUUUCAAACAAACCCUUAAUGAGAUGUAGCUCUGUUCACUGGGAAGGAGACCAAACUGUGACAUGUUUGAAAUGUUAUUUAUAAGCACCUGUACAGAAUGUAUGUCYAAUACUCAAAGCCAAAAAGAAUUAUUAGAUGUCUUGUUUUAAUAAUUUACCUGCUGUUUAUAUCACCUAUGAUCAUGCCAAGGUCUGUCUGUGCUAAACUUCUACUGUAUGCAGGAACUUUACCAAAACUCUGGUGCCUUUUAACCGACCUGCUGUUUUUAUUAACAUAUUUUAGUGCCUUUGUCAUGGCUGCGUUUAUGUUUUAACUUUAAUACUUUUUACAACUUUGUUAUUUCUGCUGUUUUAUUUAUACAAAAAAAACUAUAUUUUUAUGAAAUAUGAAAAGAAACACACCACAAAUAAAUCUACAUGUAGCUCAGUUUGUGGCUUUAAAA